CGAACGUUAUUCUACAAAAUUAUACAAGUCCCAGGCCUCCAGCUAUCGUUGUUCGGAUAGGGCUCGCUUUACCCGAGCGCAUGUCUACCUCCGAGCAGACAUCUCUGGGAAUCUCGAAAUACCAUGGAAUAUAGGUAAUCGUGUACGCUGAGCAUAGUGGCAACACUUUGUUUUGUGUAGAAAUGAAAAUAAUUUCGCCAGAGACAUUUUGGUGAAACAUCGGUUUUUCGCCUGUUACUAUGAAAAGUUAAAAUCCUUAUGUCUUGGUCAAAUCUCAUGCUGACUCAAGAAAAUUUUAAGAAAAGACGUAAAAAAUACCAUAAAUUGUUGAUCAAGCAAAAAGUGGUCCAGCAGAACACUGAGGCUUUGAAGUUUUUCAGAAGGUUUCUGGAAAGCUUUAAGCCAAUGCCCAGCUGAAAUUCACUUUUUCCUCUUCGAUUACGAUUUAUGAGCUGUCCUGCGCGUUCUCCGAAAGUUUCCUUAAGUCAGCAUGAGAUUUUACUUGUAUAAUUUUGUAGAGUAACGUUCGGACUACCCAUACGUGCAAAAAAAUUACUAACUUGAAUGUUACUUUUCUGAGAACAGAGCUGGUUUUCCAAAGACUCUCUGAAAAGCAGAACUUUCAGAAAACUUUAGAACAAGUUUCUGCUUACAGAAAUGUGUCCUAAGGUCUUAGAAACACGAUAAUGAAAACCGCAAGUUGGUAUCUAUUAGUGUGAUUGAGUUAUCCCAAGGGCAACCGAUGGCAUUGUAUUUUGGAACGGAUAGUAGUCUAAAAUAGUCUAACAUAAAAAUGUUUUAGCGAGAGGUAUAAUGCGGAAGUUUUUUUCGAAGCAACAUGGGUGGAUCCACAAUUGAAAAAUCCUGUAACUUAUAACCCUACUAUUCACUGGAAUCCCGAUCUGACGAUCGCUAACGAGAUUGGUGACAGUAAACAUGAUAUAUGGUAUACGAUAAACCAUCGUGAUGGAAAUAGUCCUUGUGAAGUGACAGAAAAUCACAAAAUUCGAGGAGUUUUUUGGGAAAAAAUGGAACUUUAUCAUUUUCCUGUAGAUGUACAAGAAUUAUCCAUCUCAAUAACAACAACAAAACCAAUUGAAGAUAUCAAAAUUAUCCCAAAUCAAGAGAAAUCGUCUGGCGUCAAUCGUGAAGUUUUUACCGAUCAACAAGAAUGGGUGAGAGGAAUCAUUCUUUUCAAAAGUUUAUAA